AUGAAGUCUACUCUCAUUUUCUCCUUAGUCACCCUCCUUUCCACCACUUCUCUUGCCCAAAAAUUCACAGGCGGUCGAGCAACCUUCUAUUCUCCAUCAGUGGGCCUAGGAUCGUGUGGCGAAACGCAUGCCGAUUCAGAUCUCGUCGUCGCGGGCCCCUCUAGUAUGAUGCCGGGAGCCUGUGGUAAAACCGUCAUGAUCACCAACACGGGAACUGGAAACGGCGCCGGCAACACCAUCAGCGCCGAGGUGGUCGACACGUGUGCUGGGUGUGGUGAAUCCGAUCUCGAUCUAUCCAUAGGUGCUUUCGAUCAGUUGACAAAUGGCGAUCUGGCGGCAGGGGUUGCAACUAUUGAUUCGUAUGGCUCCAUCAACGAGAGAAUCUCAGGGUCCACAGUGAAGAGCUAA